CAAUAGGCAGGGAAGAGGGAGGUGUCACUCUGCGUCGCGUUCCUUAUACGUCACCUUUUGGGCGCCGUCGACGCUUGCGGAUGGCGUCACGAGGCGCGUCGGGCGGGAAAAACGAACAGAACCGGCCAGCUUCCGUUGAGAGGGAAUGCCGAGCGAGGUGUAGUCCAAGGUGGAACCCUCCAAGGCCCAAAUGCCUUAGUUUGAUGGUGUUUGAUUGUGUUUCUGGCCUGGUGGGGAAUGGCCGCCAUGGAAGACGCCGAGUCCCGCUUCAUGCACUUCCUGCAACCCAUUCGGGACCUCACCAAGAACUGGGAGGUCGACGUGGCGUCUCAGCUGGGAGAAUACCUGGAGGAGCUGGAACAGAUCUGUAUUUCCUUUGAUGGCGGCAAAACCACGAUGAAUUUUAUCGAAGCGGCGCUGCUGAUCCAAGGUUCAGCCUGCAUUUACAGUAAGAAGGUGGAGUACCUCUACUCCUUGGUCUACCAGGCCCUCGACUUCAUCUCCAACAAGAAGCGCGAUAAGCUGCCGACGUCAGUGGGAGCGGAUGGGGCCGACGCGGACGCCAGCGCUGGACCAGCUGACGAGAAGGAAGAGUUCCUCCCGUUGGACGACAACCAAGAAACCAGCAGAGCCAGCAUGGACUUGCGGGAUGACCAGCAGCGCAGUUCAGUCAACAUUGUGCCUUUGACGCCGAUGGCCUUGGUCCCACCAGAGGAGGCCGAAAAGAAGGGCAACCCACUCUUCAGCCAGAAAGGGGAGAUGCUGGCCAGCCGGAGGGACUUCCGCAUGAACACCUACACCCCGCACGUCAACGGCACCUUCAUGCUGCAGCUGGCGGACCUCUCGCCCACCCAGUGCCCACCCAGGCGCGACAGAGAGUGCCAAUCCAUGGGAGUCCAGAGCCUCGUCCCUGCAACAGGAGCCACGCCUCUGGAAGGCAGCAUAUGUAACACGCCCAUCCUUGCCCUGGACUUCUCUGAUGAUGGAGGAGGGGACGACGCUUUCUGUGAGAACGAUGGCGGCUGCGAUGGCGUCCUGCCGGACCUUCUGGAGCAAUCCCUGGAUGCUCCUCCCGAGGAUGCCGAGGAGCACGUGGCCCGACAGAUGAGCGCCCCCCAGAGACAAGGGUACAUGCUGCGGGAGAGACCCCCGGCCCUGGAGGCCAAGGAGCGCAUCAAGGAGAUGCGGGACCCCUGGCAAAGCUUGGACCCCUUCAGCUCUUCGGAGGACAAGCCCUCCAAGAAAGGCCGUCCCUUCACGUUGCCCCGAGGAACGGAGGAUGUGCCCGGCACCAAGCGGAGGAGGAGGCUGUCCAGCAGGCUGCAGGAGUUCACGGCGUGGUUUUCGGCCACAGAGCACGACAGAGCCGGCAACCCACGGAGCAGGAGGAAAGGCCCAACAUUUGCAGAUCUAGAUGUCCUUUACUGGAAGAACGUCAAGGAGCGCUUUGCUGCCCAAAAGAAGCUGCAGAGAAGGAUGACGCUGGCCAGGGCCUCUGAGGAUCUGGACGCACGCGAGGAGGAACGUGAGGAAGAAGAGGAGGAAGAGGACGCCUUGCAGAAUCCCAUUGAAGGCGGCAUCGGAGCCGACGAUGACUUUCUAGAAGACGACGAUGGCGCCCCGCUAGAAGACCCCGGAGGAGUGCCAGAGACAGACCUGGAUGGUGUCCCUGCCUCUCUCAGCUACGAGGAACUGGUGCAGAAGAACGUGGAGCUCUUCAUUGCCCAUUCCCAGAAGUACGCCAGGGAGACGGUGCUGUCCCGGCGCGUCAGGGACUGGGAGGAGAUGAUGGGACCGCAGCUGGAAGAACAGGAAGCCCGGGCCGCCUUCGACAUCCACAGUUACGGUGACCGCUUAGUGUCCCGCUUGGGCCGCGUGGGUGAGUGGCAGUCUUUCGCCCGCCUGGUGGCCGGAGAGCCGGCCUUCGAGGUCUGCCGCUACAUGCUGGCCUCCCUCCAGUUGGCCAACGACUACACGGUGGAGGUCUCCCAAAAGCCCGGCUUGGAAGAGCGGGUGGACACCACGGCUCUGCGCCUGCUGACCCAAGAGAAGGCCCACGAGCGCUUCCGCACCUAUACGGCCCCCUCCCUCGCCCAGCAGUGAACCACUCUCGGCCGCCUGCUCCACGCACAUGUACAUGUUUGUAUAUAGGGUCUCUGUACAGCUCAUCCCCGCCCCCCGCCCCCUGUGUAUUCCUCAGCCUCAACUCUAUCUGCUUCACCUUUUCUC